CCCGGAAGUAAAAUCCAUCCCUCUUGGCCGCACGUGUAAAAGUCCACUUGGUCUGGUUUCAUCCAGUCCUGCGGGAUCCACCAUGGGCAAGUCCAAACAAACAGGAAACCACAGGAGUAGCAAGAAGAAGAACAUCUCAAAGACGUGGAAGACAAAGCGCAGGACCAAAGACCUGGACCAGAUCCACUCGGACAUGAAGCCUGAGACCGCGGCCAAGCUGCUGCACCAGGAGGUGGACUACGAUGUGACAGGAUGUGCACAGCACUACUGCUUACACUGCGCGAGAUAUUUUGUGGAUAUGAGAUCCUUGAAAGAGCACUUCAGAAGUAAAGUGCAUAAAAAAAGGUUGAAAAAGCUCAGAGAGGAGCCCUACACCCAGGCUGAAGCAGAGAGAGCAGCAGGCAUGGGCUCCUACAUCCCACCAAAAGUGGUUGAAGUGAAGACGCAGCCUGUGGAAGAGGACAUGGACUGAGAGCUGCCUACUUCAACCCGUGGACAGAUAAAACACAAUAACAGAAGCAUUAACAAAACGACAAUGCUUGUGUUAUCCCCUUGGCGUCACAAAUGUUAAGUGCAUUGUUAAAUGCUUGUUUUGUGACACACUCAAGCCUGGCUGUUAGACAUCUGGCUGUCAGCAGAAUCAGGAAGCCUUACCUUAUACUGGGUAGUGUAAUGCAACAUGUACAGUACCUAUGUAAAUACUGAUUAUGUGUAGAACUGUGUGGAAUACAAAUAAACUAUGACAUACAGUGGAUUUA